AUGACGUCAGGCGAGCAUCACUUGCUUGAUAUUUUGGUUCAGGAGAUCAUCAAAAUUUCUGUCAACAUGGCUCAGUUCGAAGCUAUACUGAUCGGCCUCCUUUUCACAACAAGUUUGCCCUCUACUGACACUCAAAAUACUGGUACCACGUUCAUCAAUUGCAUAAUUGGAGCUCCUUCUGCUUUUGAAGCCUGCAGGGAGUCAUCUAUUGCGGACAUUGUAUUCCUGGUUGAUGGAUCCUGGAGUAUUGGGAUCCAAAACUUUAAGAAGGUUCAAGAGUUCCUCUACACCCUUGUGAAUGGAUUUGAUGUUGGACAGGACAAAGUCCGAAUAGGCCUCAUCCAGUACAGUGGAACUCCUCGCACAGAGUUUUCCUUGAAUACCUAUAGCGAUAAGGAUGAGAUCCUGCAGUACCUACAGCAACUGCCGUACAAAGGAGGGGGGACAAGAACCGGGAUGGGCCUAAAGUUCAUGCUGAACAAGCACUUUGUGGAGUCGGCGGGGAGCAGGGCAUCAAUGGGAGUGCCGCAGGUGGCCAUUGUCAUUACCGAUGGGCAAUCUCAGGAUAGUGUUGGCCCGCCAGCAAAAGCACUGAGAGACCGAGGUGUCAUCAUAUAUGCCAUCGGCAUUAGAGACGCUGUGGAGAAAGAGCUGGAGGAAAUUGCCAGUAAGCCAGUUGGGAAGUAUGUAUACAAUGUGGCGGACUUUGCCGCUCUGAGGGGGAUUUCACAGACUGUCAUCCAACUCGUUUGUACCAGGGUGGAAGAAGUGACUCGCCAAGUAUCUCAGGACUCACAAGUCUCAGCAGCUUGCAGGGAAGCCACAGUUGCUGAUAUUGUCCUUGUGGUGGACGGUUCAACAAGUGUGAGUAAUGAGAACUUUGAAGAAGUAAAGGAGUUUCUGCACACCUUCGUUAGCGGUCUGGACAUUGCGGAUAACAAAGUAAGGAUUGGCUUGGUUCAGUACAGUGACGACCCAAAGACAGAGUUCCUGCUGAAUCAAUAUUCGUCCAGGAAUGACAUUUUGAACUACCUGCAGAACUUGCAACAGAAGGGUGGUGGGACCGAUACCAGAAGGGCCCUGGAGUUCCUGAAGAGCAUACACUUUGUUCCAUCAGCAGGGAGCAGAGCAGCAGAAAAUGUGCAACAGAUUGCCAUUCUGGUCACCGAUGGUGAGUCCACUACUGAGGUAGAUGAUGUAGCCAACCAACUGAGAAACAGCGGAGUCACAAUUUACGUCAUUGGAGUUAAUAUCCAAGGAAAAAAGGAACUUCAAGAUAUUUCCAGCAGACCAGUCCGAAGAUUUGCUUACAAUGUUGCAAAUUUCAAUGAACUGAAAGAAAAUUCAAAUAAAAUCUUGGAGUCGGUGUGCAGAACUAUUGAAGCCCACAUCCAAGCUUUUGCGGUGAAUUAUGCUGAUGUCGUUUUUCUAGUCGAUGGCUCUCAGAACAUGGGGGCUGCAGGAUUCCAGCAAAUUAGAAGCUUUAUCUUCAGAAUUGUUUCUCAGCUUGACAUUGGGGCAGAUAAGUUCCGUGUUGGCCUUGCCCAGUAUAGCACUGAUACACGGACUGAAUUUUUACUGAACGCCUACGUAACAAAGAUUCAAGUGGCAAAUUACAUAAGGAGUGAGCGCAGCUUUGCAUUUCGGGGAGGACCAGCUUUAGGGAUGGGCCGCGCCAUCGAAUACCUGCGCAGGACCUUUUUCAGAAAGUCUGCUGGGAGUCGGAAAGAUGAAGGUGUUCCUCAGAUAGCAAUUAUAAUUACCUCAGCACCUUCACUGGAUGAAGUCACUCUACCUGCCAGUGCCUUAAAGAUGGAAGGAGUGAAAGUUAUCUGCAUCGGUGUCAAGCGUUCUGUCUUGACCGAGCUGCAGAAUGUGGCCUUUCUGCCUAAUUUCCCAUUUGUUUUUCAGGUUGACACUUUUGAUGCUCUUAUUCAGACAUCUGAACAAAUAUUCAAAAGUAGCAUGGGGAAGUUGGGGCUGCUGAUGGGCCCAAUGGCAGCUUGUGCCUCUGCUUCAGUCGCUGAUAUUGUUUUCUUGGUCGAUGAAUCGGACAGCAUCGGGGCAGUAAACUUCCAAUUACUCCGCGUUUUCCUCUACAAUAUGAUCUAUGCUCUAGAAGUGGAGACUGAAAGUGUCCACAUUGGUUUAGCUCAGUACAACACCAUUGCGUCAGAAGAUUUCAAUCUCAAAAUGUAUCAUCAAAAGUCUGACAUUCUGGAUCAUGUCAAAUUGACACCAUACAGGAGAGGGGGCAGAAACACAGGAACUGCUAUCGAUUUCGUACGAAGGAAUUACUUCACGGAACGAGCAGGCAGUCGCGCAAGGAAAGGGAUCCCUCAGAUCUUGAUUGUGAUCACCAGUGGUGAAUCCCAGGAUGCGGUGGAGGAUAGUGCAGCCUCUCUGCGUCGUUUGGGUGUUACUGUGUACGCCUUAGGAAUCCAAAAUGCCACUGAGAGUGAGCUGAGGAAAAUUGCAUCACAUCCUUCAACAAGUUACAUUUCCAGGGUGCAGGAUUUCACACAACUGUCGACCAUUGAAAGGGCUCUUCAGAAGAAGAUCUGCAAUGAGCUCAUCAAACAAACCUUAGUACAAUCGGCCCAAAUAGAAACCCUCAAACAAGGUUGUGUUGAAACUGAAGAAGCUGAUAUCUUUUUCCUAGUUGAUGGGUCAGGCAGUAUAUUCCCUGAGAACUUCAAAGACAUGAAAAGGUUCCUGGUAGAGGUGGUGAAAGUAUUCAGUAUCGGUGCAGACCAGGUUCGUGUUGGGGUUGUCCAGUACGCAGAUAAUCCACAAAUUGAAUUUGGAAUCACUCAGUAUACCCGUAAAACAGGAUUGGAGGCAGCGAUUAAGCAAAUCACUCAAAUUGGAGGAGGUACCGCAACAGGCCGUUCAUUAACCUACAUGAGGAAUCUCUUCAGCGAUGCAGAGAGAAGCCGUGGAAAGAGAGUGCAGCAUAUCCUGAUCACCAUCACAGAUGGACAAUCAAAUGAUGUUGUGACAGGCCCUGCUGCAGAGCUGAGGCAACAGGGAGUCAACAUUUAUGCAAUAGGAGUGGGAAACAUAGAUGAAUCUGAACUUCUACAGAUUGGAGGAAUCAAAGAAAGAGUUUUUCAUGUCGCUAACUUUGAUGCUUUGAAAGACAUGAAGAAUAACAUUGUGCGGGAACUCUGUUCAGAACGAGCCUGCAGGAAAUUGGACAUGGCCGAUAUCAUCUUCCUAAUUGAUGGAUCAGGAAGCAUAAAGACUCAAGAUUUCAGGAAAAUGAAGACUUUUAUGGAUGUCAUUGUGAACAAGACCACUACUGAAGCAAAGAGUGUGCAUGUAGGUGUGAUACAAUUUGGCUCGAACCCCAAGCUAGAGUUCCAACUUGGUGUACAUUCAACGAAAGCUGAUCUACGCAGAGCGAUUGGUAACAUACGGCAGCUAGGUGGGAAUACUCUGACAGGUCGUGCACUGAGCUUUACAGUGAACUACUUUGACGAAGCUAGAGGGGGUCGGCCUGGUAUCCCGCAGUACCUCAUAGUGAUAACUGAUGGAGAGGCACAGGAUGCGGUCCUUCAACCAGCCAAAGUCAUAAGGAACAAAGGAAUCACCGUGUUCGCCGUGGGAGUUUUCAAUGCUAACAUCACUCAGCUUCUGGAAAUUGGAGGAGCUUGGGAUAAAGUUCACUAUGUCGAAAACUUCGAUCUGCUCGCAGAUCCAGAAAAACAAAUUUCCUGGGAGAUCUGCAGCCAGCCUGAAGUCUGCUUGAGAACAGAAGUAGCAGAUAUUGUUUUUGUAAUCGAUGGAUCAGGCAGCAUACAGCCAUAUGAUUUUGAGACUAUGAAAAAUUUCAUGUUGACGCUGGUGAACAGUUCAGCUGUGUCGCCCAGCAGGGUUCGGUUUGGGGCCAUACUGUACAAUAGCGUACCUGACGUUCAAUUCCAGCUGAAUCAAUUCGGGAGUAUAAAUGAGGUCCGUAAAGCUAUUGCUCGAAUACGGAUGAGGGGAGGAGCCACCUACACUGCACGUGCUCUUGAGCAGGCCAAAGAACUUUUAGCCCCGGGGAAAGGGGGUCGGCGGACAGCAGGGGUUUCGCAGUUUGUCAUCGUGAUUACUGAUGGGGAAGCCACAGAUGCGUCACAAGUACCAAGGGCAGCUGACGACAUCAGAAAGGAUGGAGUGACCGUCUUUGCUGUGGGAAUAGCAGGAGCAAACGAAAAUGAGCUCGAGGCAAUCGGAGGCAAAAGAGAAAACUACUUUUAUGUUCAAGACUUUGAUGCCUUGAAAAACAUAACUAAGGAUAUUUCACAGAUGGUUUGUACGAACACAAAUCCAGAAUGUGAACUUCAACAAGCAGAUGUUGUUUUCCUAGUAGACGGAUCUGAGAGCAUAGUGGUCGAAGACUUUAGCUACACCAAAUCUUUCAUGAGAAAUAUGAUUGACUUUUUCACCAUUGCCCCGAGUAGGUUCCAGUUUGGUCUGGCCCAGUUCAGUACAUCGUUUCAAAAAGAAUUUGACCUGAAGGAUUUCUCAGCAAAAAAAGUAUUGAUGGCCAAAAUUGAAGAUAUGGUCCAACUGAAUCAAGGAACCCGUAUUGCACCAGCGCUGAAUAAUGUGGCCAGCCUGUUCACAAGAGAGGCAGGUAGUCGGAAAGCCUCUGGCGUGCCCCAGUUCCUGCUGGUGAUCACAGAUGGGAAGUCGAGGGAGAGUGUGGUUGGCCCAGCUGAUAACCUGCGAGACAAGGACAUUCAUGUUAUGGCUGUAGGAGUAGGGAAGGCAGAUCUGAACCAACUUCUGCAAAUCUCAGGCUCACAAGACAGAAUCUAUUUUGUGGAAAGUUUUCGAGACUUGGUCAAGAUUAAACAAAGGGUCAUCCGCAGCAUCUGUCAGGAUCAGCCAGGAGCAGGAUGUACGGUUGAUGUUGCUGUAGGAGUGGAUCUCCCCAGCCAGAUACGCUUCCCGAAUGCACUUGGCGGUCAGCUGAAACUGCAGUCACACCUGGACGACAUAAUCCAGAGAAUCAUGGCCUUGCACAACAUUAGCUGCAUGGCAGGCAGCAGUCUCAACGUCAGGGUGGGAUUUCACAUCGCUAAUAGAGCUGGAGCAACACGCUUUGAAUCAAAUUUUGAAAACUACAACUCAGAUGUUGUGAGGAAUUUGAAAUCAUUCCUGUUGCCGGCGGUGGACCAAAUCAGUUUGACUGCUGAUUAUCUGAUGUCGUUUUCAAGCAAAUUUGAGCGGGAGUCUGGCAGAAAUGUGAAGGUGAUAGUGAUGUUUACGAAUGGAGCAGAGGACAGCAUGGAUAGACUCAAGGAAGCAUCAAAAAGACUUCGGCUUAAUGGUAUCAAUGCACUAAUCAUGGUUGCUCUUGAAAACACUGCAAAUGUUGACAAGCUUCAUGAACUGGAGUUCGGCAGAGGAUUUGGCUACAGACAGCGAUUGGCAAUCAGAAUGCAGGAUAUUGGAGGUGCAUUACUCAAAGAGAUUGACACAGUUGCAGAAAGGGAAUGCUGCGAUUUAAUUUGCAAGUGUCAAGGACUUACGGGUAAACAUGGAUCUCAAGGAAAACAAGGAGCUAAAGGGGUCCUAGGACCACAGGGAACAUUAGGCUAUGCAGGAGAAGAUGGAAGUUUGAUUUUUGUUAGGGUGACAGGGGACCUACAGGCGUUACUGGAGCUCGAGGAUCUGAAGGAUGCCAGGGCACGAGGGGCUUCGCGGGAGAAAGAGGAUAUCGAGGACAGAAGGGUGGAACAGCUGAGGAUGGUGCUCCUGGAACAAAUGGAGAGCAGGGAAAGCGUGGAAUUCCUGGAGUUGCUGGAGAAAAAGGAGAUUUUGGAAAUACUGGAAGUAAAGGCCCACCUGGAUACCGAGGUGAAAGUGGAGAUUCCGGUAUACCAGGGUGUCCCUGGUAUAGAUAAUUAUGUUAGAGGAUAUCAAGGUGAAAAAGGAUACCCAGGUGCACAGGGUGAACCUGGAAGUGGUGGUACACCAGGCAUGCGUGGCAAUGUAGGAAAAAAUGGUGUCAGUGGACCGCCUGGUUACCCAGGAUCUAUUGGGCCUUCUGGACUCCAUGGCCAAGAGGUGAACUCCAAUAUUCUUGAUUGGGGUGCUAAUAUAUCUUCUGCCAUCAGAUCAGAUAUAGACACUGCAUGUAAUUUGGAGGAUAGCAUAGAGGUGGAAUUUGCACUUGGUGUGACACUGGGCACAAGUGGCCUGCAACCAGGCCUUGUGGCAAGGGUUGUCCGGUUGCCAACUUGCCAGGGGAUAAAGUUGCACACAGUUUCAGCUUCAGGGGACUCAGGUGAGCACUUUGAAGUUGCCAUCUACAGAAGAACGCUGACGAGCACUAUGAAUGUUUGGUGUAUUGGGAAGCCUGUUAGAAAGCCUGUGCAAAAUGGCAAGAAGCAUGGAGAAAUCCGGGGCCAACUGUACACAGGAGCUUUCAUUGCAGCCCAAGCAAAAACCACUCAACUUCUGGGUGCUGUAGUGACAGCGCAGCCUUCUGCCAUGCAAGAUCAGACUGCUGCCCUCAUAGCUGUGUAUACCAAUGUUCAAAGGGCCUUGCAGGAUGUCAUAGCAGUCCAGCAAUCUGUCUUCCAGCAGUUUACUGAGUUUUCCAAGGGAUCUACAGGGACUGUUGGAUUGAAAGGAGCAAAAGGAGAGCAAGGAUUACCAGGGAUUCCGACAAUGAUUCACGGCCUCUGGUCUCCCAAGAGGCAGGCCUGUUUUUUCAUCGAUGGUCUUGAUGCUUUGAUGUUGAAGCAUGGACCUUUUAAAGUGAAGAUUUCUCAGCAGGCUAUGAGGUUUCUUGCAUACAGAUUUCUAGGAGCUAAUUUGUGGUCUGACCUUCUGACCAUUGAGCUGUUGGUUCUAUGGCUUUCAGGUGGCACUGCCUGCCGACAGCUUGUGCUGAUUUUUAACAAGCAGACAGAAAACAUGGCUGUGUCGCCCUAUGAUCUUCACAAGUUCAAAGGUUCAACAGGAUUGUAUGGUUUCAAGGGGUCCAUAGGCAACCAAGGCCUCCAAGGAAAAAUGGGUGAAGCUGGAGACCCAGGUGAGAAAGGAGAAUUUGGAACAGUUGGACCUCGUGGAUCACAGGGAGUACAGGGGCCUCCUGGUUUUCUUGGUUUUCAGGGAGUGGAUGGAAUCCCCGGAACUAUUGGUGGGAGAGGACCUAAAGGAAUAAGAGGACGCAGGGGGGACUCUGGCCGUUCUGGUGACCUGGGAAGCCCAGGAGAAACAGGACAUCCAGGAGCAAGGCGGGGGCAGGAUGAAGUUGGGCCUGCCACUUCCAGAGGCAGGCCUGAGGUGGGAAUGGAGGAGCAAGGGCCUCAAGGGGCCACCAGGGAUUAUACCUAUGAAAGAGGAAAAAUGUGUCCUGUGUACCCUACUGAGCUGGCGUUCGCUUUGGACAUGUCUGCAGAUAUCACACAAACCAUAUUUAAUAGAAUGAAAACAAUAGUCAUUAAUUUUGUGCAGGAUCUUAAACUCACUGAAAGUAGCUGCCCAAUGGGAGCCCGAGUGGCCAUUCUUACCUACAGUUCCACGGCAAAAACAUUCAUCCAAUUCUCAGACUUCAGGAGGAAGCAAAAACUUCUGGAAGGACUGCAGAAUUUAGCUUAUGAGAGGUCAACCAGCAGGCGGAAUAUUGGAGCAGCGAUGAAGUUUGUUGCAAAAAAUACUUUCAAACGUGUUCGUAAUGGUGUUCUUGUCAGGAAAGUAGCGGUAUUUAUUACUAAUGGUCCGUCUCGUGAAACAUCAGAGAUUGUGACAGCCGCCCUGGAGUUUAGUGCCUUGGACAUCACUCCGGUUGUCAUUUCUUUUGAUAAUGUCCCUGAAAUUCAACGCGCCUUUGAGGUCGAUGAUACAAGAAUGUUUCAAGUAGUCGUGUUGUCAAAACAGCAGCAAGAAGCACAGGAGCAGUUACGCAAAGUCCGAUUAUGUACUUUCUGUUUCGAUAUGUGUGAACCAAACGUCCAGUGUCAACAAACCAUCUCCCCACCUCCAAUCCCAAUUAACAUGGACAUUGCUUUUAUUGUUGAUGGCUCACGCAACCUGAGAAUGGCAGACUUUGAAAGAGUAAAGGAUUUCCUCAGCUCAAUGCUUGACGUGUUUGUAAUCUCAAGAAGCCCAAGGACCUUUGACAAUCGUGCUAGGGUAGCCCUGGUGCAACAUUCACCACCAGGUUACCUACCCAGAUCUGUCCAGAAGCCAGUCAACCUGGAGUUUGGGUUCUUGAGCUAUGGCAGCAAAACCAUGAUGAAGAGAUACAUCGAGGACUCGUUCAAGAAGUUAGAAGGUUCUUCUUGGGCUGGCCAUGCUAUCGAGUGGACCUUGAAUAAUGUUUUCUUAAGUGCUCCGAAUCCACGACGCCAUAAGGUCAUCUUUUUAAUACUUGCAGGAGAAACCAGUGACUAUGACAUGGAGAAGUUAAAGGCUGUGUCAUUACAAGCUAAGUGUAAAGGUUUUGCCAUCUUUACACUCUUCCUCGGAAAGGAUGCCGCCAGAACAGACCUGGAGGAGCUUGUUAGCAUUCCUUAUGAUCAACACUUGAUUUACUUGGGCCGUCUGCUGGAUCAUGAAAUGACAUAUGCCCAGAAGUUUGCACGAGCCUUUCUGAAAAGCCUCACACCUAUAGAGGAACGAGGAACCAAAGAAAUUGAAGAGGAGGAAGAAUUUGAAGAGGAGGAAGAAUUUGAAGAGGAGGAAGAAUUUGAAGAAGAGGCGGAAUUUACAGAGGAAACAAAACCCGAGAGAAUAACAGUUACAAAUGAUGAUGUGUGCUUGCUUAAUCAGGAUGGAGGGACCUGUCAGAAUUAUGUUGUGAAAUGGUACUUUGACCAAGUUCAGCAGGGCUGCACCCGGUUCUGGUACAGCGGAUGCAGAGGAAACAAGAAUCGGUUUGAUACCCAGGAGGAAUGUGAAGCCUCAUGCCUGAAAUCACGCUAG